AUGCAAACAUUCAAGGAGGAAAUAUACAGUUUGGUAGAUGCAAUAAAGAGAUGUGAUGAAUUAGGAGGGUACAAGUUGACAGGAGUUCAAUCCAAAGAAGAACUGCAGUGGAUUUUUGACCAAAGAACUUCUACUUGGCAUAAAAAUUCCGGAUUUUGGAUAAAUGCAAAAAGACAGGACGAGUACAGUGGGAUGAACGACACGCUCACCGAUCCGUCAAAUUCUUUGCCAAUUGCAUUGACACCUCCGAGAACAGAACUAUACCUCACCUCAUCUACCAACUCGGAUCCUUCCGACGUCGUUGCUCUCUACCAACAGGAAUCAAUAAAACAACUACGGAAAAACGCAUUACUAACUGCUGAAAUUGAUAGGAAAACACUAUUCAAUGCAUCGAGACUCACCAAUAACCAAGAUUUCUACAGAAAAGUUGUAGAAGAAGCAUAUUGUGCACAGAAAGAGAGGAUAGGAGAGAAGGGGGACGGAGGGAAAUAUGUUUGUAAUCCGAAGAAGGUCAAGAAGGAUUGCACAUUGAUAUCCUUGAGUCUCAACAACCAAAUUGGGUUCGACAAGCAUAUCUACGAAGCAACGGGUAGACAAUGCAAGAUUCUUGGAGCAGAUAUUUACCAACAAGAGCAACCAACGCGGGAUGCCUAUGAGAAAAUGAAUGGAGAACUGUUUGCUGCAAAGAUUCCAAAUGACCUAACCAUCCCUCAAAUGCUUGAGAAAGCUGGAAGGAUUGAUGUAGAAUUUUUGAAGAUUGAUAUAGAAAAAGGGGAGUUUACUGCUUUGGAGCCAUUAAUUAAGGACUAUUUUGUUUGUCAGAUAUUCAUCGAAAUCCACGGACUCCCUUCUGAUCAUUUGAGGAUGCUUCAGAUUAUUGCAAAAUAUGGCUUCCGAAUAUUCAACGUCGAUGAGAACUUGUUAUGUCCCCUCUGUUGUGAAUACAGUAUGAUCAAUGAGUUGUGUAUGGCACAGUUCGAAGUGGUUCCAUUGGCUAUUACCAUCCCUCAAUUAAAUAGUUAA